AUGGCAAAGAGAAGAUACCCAGAUAGACCACCUAAUGGUAUUGGGUUUGGUGAAACACCUAAGUUAGUUCCGAGACAGUUAAAUGUGGAAAAAGCGCUGGAAACACUAACUAGACCGUUCAAAGUUCCCUAUAGAUCAAAUACCAUCGACCCUGCUUCACUUAAAAGAGUAACUAUCACCGGCAGAGUUCUUAGAGAUAAAACAAACAUCAACAAGGAAUAUAAAGGCAUGGAGCAGGGUGAUAGUAGCAAGAAGUUAAAAAUACGACGCACAGAUGCUUUAAGUUCAGCAAGAUUAUCUCAGGAACCUGAAAGAUUAAAUGGUAUUGAAACCAUUCUGAAGAGGUCGUUUACUGUACCCAUGAAGGGUUAUGUGGCAAGACAUAAUUUAGCAUUGACUUUGGGAACCAAGAGAAAAAUUAUAUGUGAACCUAGACCAUUGCAUGAUCCAACUGAUGAAUUUGCAAUUGUCCUUUAUGAUCCAACUGUUGAUGGGGACAUGAUCAUAACAGAUAACAACAUAAAUGGAUUGCAAAGGGAAGUUGAAGAUAUAAAAAAGAAAAGCAAAAAGAAUUCCAAUAAAGACAAAGGCAACGAAGAGGAGGAAGAAGCGGAGAUUGCAGAAAAGCCAAAACUUAAACAAAAAUAUACACAUCCGACAAUGAUGUCAAAUGGUGUCAGAAAUAAACCAUUAACUGAAUUAUUAAAAGAUAAUUUAACAAGUAAUGAAGACCUUGAAAAGAAAUUCCAAAGCAUUCCAGUCGUUAUAGAUCCUAGAUUGGCAAAAAUUUUAAGACCACAUCAAGUUGAAGGUGUCCGCUUCUUGUAUAGAUGUGUUACAGGUUUAAUCAUGAAAGAUUAUUUGGAUUCAGAGGCGGUUAAAAAAUUAGGUCUUAAGGUAGAAGAAAUCAAAGAAGAUCAACAAAAGAAUGAUGAUAAUGAGAAUGAUGACGAUAAUAUCAAAAAUGCAGAAGGAGUGAAGGAGAAGAAUAAUGGAGAAAAAAUUCAAGAAGAAGAAAAUCCUAUUCCUAAGACCAAAGGCAAGAAAAAGAAAUCUAAUUCCAAAGAAAGCAAAUCGACAACCGAUUCAACUAUUGAAAUAAAAAUAACCAACAAAGGUGCCUAUGGUUGUAUCAUGGCAGAUGAAAUGGGUUUGGGUAAAACAUUACAAUGUAUCGCGUUAAUGUGGACGUUACUCAAACAAGGACCUCAAGGUAAAAGUUUAAUUGACAAAUGUAUCAUCGUCUGUCCCUCAUCCUUAGUUAAUAAUUGGGCAAAUGAGUUGAUAAAGUGGUUAGGUCCCGGUACUCUAUCUCCAUUAGCUAUUGAUGGUAAAAAAUCAUCUAUUACCAAUGGUGGUAACGCAACUGUGGCACAUGCUAUCAAAAGUUGGGCUCAGGCAAAGGGUAGAAAUAUCGUUAAACCCGUUUUAAUUAUUUCAUAUGAAACUUUGCGUAGAAAUGUAGACCAAUUAGUUAACUGUGAUGUAGGAUUAAUGUUAGCUGAUGAAGGUCAUAGAUUAAAAAAUGCGGAUUCAUUAACAUUUACUGCACUAGAUAGUAUUAACUGCCCAAGAAGAAUUAUUCUAUCAGGUACACCAAUCCAAAAUGAUCUUUCUGAAUAUUUUGCGCUGUUAAAUUUCUCGAACCCUGGUUUACUAGGAUCAAGAUCCGAAUUUAGAAGAAACUUCGAGAUACCAAUUUUGGCUGGUCGUGAAGCUGAUGCAACUGACGAGGCCUUGAAAAAGAGUACCUUGCAAUUACAAAAACUUUCUGAAGUUGUAUCUAAGUUUAUUAUAAGACGUACUAACGAUAUCUUGUCAAAGUAUUUGCCAUGUAAGUAUGAACAUGUGAUCUUUGUCAAUAUGAAACCAUUUCAAAGAGAUCUUUACAAAUCCUACAUUGAAUUAAGAAAGGACGAUAGUUUUGAGAAACCACUAAAAGCUAUUGGUGUCCUAAAAAAGUUAUGUAACCACCCUGACUUAUUAGAUCUGGAAUCUGAGCUUCCAGAGAUGGGCGAUUCAGUAUCGAUUCCAGAUGGAUACGUCAUAUCAAAGAAUGGUAAGUCGAAAGAUGUUCAGCCCCAGUUUUCUGGUAAGUUUGCAAUUUUAGAAAGAUUUUUACAUAAGAUUAACACUGAAUCAGACGAUAAAAUUGUUCUAAUUUCGAAUUAUACUCAAACUCUAGAUUUGGUAGAAAGAUUAUGUAGGAGGAAGCAGUAUGGUUCUGUCCGUCUUGACGGUUCGAUGACAAUUAACAAAAGACAAAAGCUUGUUGACAGAUUUAAUAGUCCUGAUAGCCAUGAAUUUAUUUUCCUUUUAAGUUCAAAAGCUGGUGGUUGUGGUAUUAAUUUAAUUGGUGCAAAUAGAUUGAUUUUAUUAGAUCCUGACUGGAAUCCGGCGGCAGACCAACAAGCCUUAGCACGUGUAUGGAGAGAUGGUCAGAAGAAAGAUUGUUUUAUUUAUAGAUUCAUUGCUACCGGUACAAUUGAGGAAAAGGUUUAUCAAAGGCAAUCCAUGAAGAUGAGUCUAAGUUCCUGUGUUGUUGAUGCUAAAGAAGACGUUGAUAGACUAUUUACCGCAGAUGACUUAAAAAAGUUAUUCUUAUUGAAUGAAAAGACUCAAUGUGACACUCAUGAAACAUUUAAUUGUAAACGUUGUAACAAAUUUGGUAAGCAAAUAAUUCGUUCAAAAACUAUGUUAUAUGGUGACGCAACCUCAUGGAAUCAUCUUAACCAUGCAGCAUUAGAAAAAACUAACGACCAUUUAUUGCGUAAUGAAUUCAAUUACGAUGAUGUGAGUUUUGCAUUUCAAUACAUAUCCCAUUAG